AUGACUGAAGAAUCAAGUCUGACGUUUAGAAACCCGGUCAUUCGGGGCUUCAACCCGGAUCCUACCAUCUGUGUAGUUCCCGCUACGGACUCGACCCCAACGACGUUUUUCCUUAGUACUUCGACAUUUGAGUUCUUCCCCGGAUGCGCCAUUUACACGUCAACCAAUCUAAUUGACUGGAAACUUAUCGGCCAUGCGCUCAAUCGUCGAAGUCAGAUUGACAUGCGUACCGUUGAGCCUGGAGCGGGUAGUUGGGCCAGUACUUUGAGAUAUCGACCUGAGGAGAAGAGAUGGUAUUUGGCAAAUGGUGUCUUCCACCGCUACCGACCAACUGUUGAUGAACGUAUCUUCCCCAGAGGAUUCUAUGUCUGGACCGACAAUAUCUGGGACGACAAUGCAUGGUCUGACCCAGUAUACUUUGACAAUCCUGGUUUUGACCAAGAUCUGUUUUGGGACGAUGAUGGGAAGGUCUAUCUCUCAACAACAAUGCGCUUCGCUUGGCGAGACCCCAACUCAAAGCAGAAGGACUUUGGAAUUCACAUCUCCGAGAUUGAUAUCUCAACUGGAAGAACCCUCACCGCUCCGAAGGUCAUUCGAAAGUCUCCCCAUGGAAUUGCCGAGGGCUCUCAUAUCUUCAAGCGCGGAGACUGGUAUUAUCUCUUGACCGCUGAAGGAGGUACAGAGGCCGGUCAUCAAGAGUGGGUGUUUCGUAGCAAACAUGGCCCGUUAGGUCCGUGGGAGAGCCAGGGAAAGCCUCUUUGGUACAAUGGGCCUGACGAAGAAGUUCAGAGAACGGGACACGUUGAUGUCUUUGAGGAUGGGAACGGAGACUGGUGGUCUGUCUUGCUGGGUGUUAGACCAGUAAAACACCAGGGGACCUUUUUGGAACCGCAACUAGGGCGAGAGACCUUUCUCGUCAAGGUUGAGUGGAAGGACGACUGGCCAAUCUUCAACGAUGGUCACAACAUCACACUGAAGACUCCGAUCUUUCAAAAGAUGAACUGGAGUUGGGAUGACACCCCCAUCAAGCAAAGUUAUACUCUUACAGAAAAGCCGGGUGUGCUAAGGCUCUACGGUAACUGCUACGACUUAACAUCCCCUGAGGCUCCGGCGUUGCUUCUUAGGAAACAGACUUCUUACAAUGAGGUAUUCAAAGCAAAGAUGGAGUUCAAACCUAAAGUUAGGGGCUACGAAGCUGGUAUUGUGUUGUGGUGGAGCCAGCACUCUUAUGCUUCCUUAGGGGUUGUCGCUUUAGAAAAGGACGACGGAAAAGUCGAGACCAGGGUCAUUUGCAAGGGAGCUGCUGGAAAUGCCAACGAGUUCAAAACUUCAGAGACAGAUCUAGGAGCUAACCUCGAAAACGUUGAGUUGGCUAUCCGUGCAUAUCCGACUAAGUACAAGCUUUCUCUCAAGGCUGGAGGGAAAGAGUCUGAGGUUUUCACUGUCGAUGCUAGUGCUUUAACAGUGAUGCCACCCCACGGAGGAUGUUUUGCUGGUACUAUGUUUGGAAUCUAUUCUUAUGGUAAGAACCAGCCCGUGUUGGAUCCAGUAGACUUUUCGGAGAUCAGCACGGAGGAGCUUGAGUAG